AGGGGGCCGCGCGACCCGUCGAUUCCUAGCUCGUAGUUCGUUCUCUCUGUUCCUUUCUCCCUCGCUCGUCGACGGCAUCUCGAAACGGGGAUCUCACGGGCAGGAUCGGCCCCGAUGAGUCCGCCGGGUGCUACCGCCGAUCUCGGGGAUCCCGGUGAAUCCAAGCAGUCGUGGUGACUCUGUGUGCGAGGGCCGCGCGUGUUACACACGUACACGCGCGCGGCGGCCGCCUCGAGGAUCGGGCCCGACGGUAGCCGUUGGGCUGGUUCGAUAGACGCGAAUAAUCAUAGGUUGGUGCUUGUACGCUUAACCGUGCGUGUCUCAACGCCGCGACGCGCCUACGUUCCUCCUCUCGCGGAGGCCAGAGAGAUCGCGCAACGAGAGGGACGAGCUAACGACACCGUUCGUUCGCCUGGAGAAAACAGAAGCCGUGCAAUACAUCUCUCUCUCUCUCUCUCUGCCGCGAGGAGAGAGAUCUUUCGGUCCGAACGUGAGACCCUCAGCCUGCUGUUAAUCGUUACGCGCACCGAUCUUUAAUCAAGAGCCACCCCGUACAUACGCGCACACACACACACAGCACAUAACGUGGGCGAUCAAUUUCGGCGAGGCACACGAUAUCGCUCGAUCUUCAAGAUUCCGUUCCUCGCGAAGAUGACGUCCCGCCUGCGCGGCCCCUCCGCGGUGAAGGACACGCCGAGGGCCGUCCCCUUCGCCAAGGAGCACUUCCACCGCGAGCCGGAAGCGCACUCCGGCCGGCCGUGCAAGAACGGCGGGCGCGGCGGUCGUUAUCACUUCGGCAUGUCGAAGCAUGACAGCAAGGCGGAGCGGAACGGACGGGAAUGCGGGAAAGGGGACACCGGCGAGGAGGAGGAGAGCGCGGAGGUGGUCUACAGGAAGAGCAAACAGCAGUUCGCCGCGUGGCAGAUCAAGGACAUCGUGCAGCAGGACGACGGUGGUGCGAAGAGAUCGUCGCGACGGCAGGAGCAGGAGGACAGCUCGCUUCGACAGUUGACGAACGGCAAGUUCAGAAGCGAGCCCGCGAAGCCGGACAAGCAGGAUCGGCUGGAGUACCGGGACGAAGGAUACGUGGGCUCGUUACCGCGGGAGGAUCGUCAACGAGGCGAGUCCGCCGAACGGGAGCUCAACGGCUCUCACAGGUCUAAGAGGAAGGAGCAGCCCCCCUCCUGGGAAGAGGCCGCGGAGUCGCGAGGUCGCGGGAGGUCGUCGAAGGUCAUCGGCAAAAGCGGCGACAACAAGGACUGCUUGGCGCAGCCGGUCGACGAGCGGGACAUCCUGUUGAAGGAAAUCGAGAAUCUGGCGGUGGACGGCAGCCAGUCGCCGGAUCGCAGGAUCCAGGCGAUGAUCGAGCGGCUGAAGUCGCGGGAGGAGAGCAAGCUGCGCUGCAGGAGGGAGCAGAGAUCGGCGAGCCCCGAGAAGGAAGCGCGCGGCAGGACGAGAAGCGACGUCAGGGCCGAGUCCCGGCCGCUCGUCGAUCACGCGCUCGAUUAUCGAUCGAACGAACGCAAGAGGCCGAAGGACGAUCGCGAGGACGAGCGUAGGCUGCACGGCAGGCCCGAGGAGGACGUCGGCCGCCCGGCGGAUCAGAGGUCGAGGAGCGCGGAGAGGCAGCACAACGAGGUCCUGUUCUCCGACAAGGAGCGUGAGUCUCGUAAGGACGACAGUUUCCGGAAAAGGAGCGACACCUACAGCGCCGACAGGCCCCAUCGCAGGAGGUCGAGGGAGGACGAGGAGGGAGAGCAGCCGCGAGCGAGGGACGGCUCGAAGAGAAGGAGCUACACUUACGAGGGUCCGCCGGAGGACUUCGACGUGAGAAUCCAAAGGUACGAGCGGGCCGUCCUCGAGCCCAGGCGGGACUUGGAUACGUCUCGGAGAAGUUCGCCCAAGGAGCCGGUCAGCAGGGAGUCCCUGAAGGAACACGAUCGGGAGCCGGUGGGCAAAAAGAAUUCCUUCCGGGCGGAAUCCAAGAGGGCCGGCAACAAAGACCGAGAGUCCAGUCUGACGAGAAGGACGUCGUUCAAGGAUCAGGAUAACGACGGUUACAAGAGGCACCUGUCGAAGAGCCCGCUCGAAACCUCCGUCAGGAGUACAUACUUCGGCAAGGAGCAAGAAGAGCCGUGUCGCAAGGACUCUUUCAAGGACACAAGCGUGGAGACGGGUAGGAAGACUUUCCUCAAGACGCAAGACAAUAUAUUUGAGAGGACCUACCUGAAGGACUCGCCGCACGAUGACGUGGAGCGGAAGGCCCCUCCCAAGGAACACUCGGCUGGCGUCAGCAGGAUCGUGCUGAGGAAUUUCGAUGACGAGUCGGUCAGGAGCAACUCGUUCCGGAACACCCACGAAGAUGCCGGCAGGAGGAACUCGUUUAAGGAAAAGAGCCUCGAGUUCGGCGGGAUUUCCCACAAGGAUCGCGCGAGUGACUCGGAAAAACGGAAUAGCUUCAGGGAGGAGGACGAGGAGGGGAGUCCGGGGCGGACGCUCUAUCACGAUUACGAGAACAACAUCGACAGGAAGACCGCCAACGAGCGUUACAUCGAGUUCGGCAAGGUGUCCUUCAAGAUGCAGGAGGACGAGCUGGGCGCCAGCCCGUUCAAGGAGAAGGACAGCGCGACGGCGGCCAUCAGGACGAGCUCUUUCAAGGAACGCGACUCCUCCGCGAAAAGACGCGUCUCCUUGCGCGGCAGAGAGGCGUCCGAGAGAAAAUCAGACAGGCACUCGAGGCCGUUGACGCCGCCGGGUCGGCAGGACGAGACCCACGUCGAAUCCCACGAGGACGACGGCAAGGAGCCGAGAGGCUUCAAGUCCUGGCACGAGAGCAACCGACUGUUCUCCGCCAAGUACCUGCGGGAGCAUAGCAAGCUGCGCGGCGCGCCCGAAGGACGAGUCUCGCCCGAGCGAGGACUCGCGAUCCUGCCGGACCCGAGGACCGAGGCACUCGCGAACGAUCCCACGGAGGAGCAGCGGGAGGACCGUUUCGGGACGCGCGGCGAACCGGCCGACGAGUCGCCGCGCUUCUCCUCGACCAGCGGCGCCACCAUAAUCAGGAUCCGGUCGUCGGAGGAGCCGGCGGAGAGGUCGCGCCGCCGACGUCGCGUGGAGGUGUGCGCGGUGAGACGGCGCAGGGCGUACGAGGACGAGGAGGACAGCGAUGAGGAGGAGGCGGCGGAGGAGAAGGACCGCCGGCGGUGGGCCCUGCCGGGAAGGAACGCCGCCGGCGACGCGACGCCCUCGAGAACGAUGUGGAAUUACCGCGAAGGGGGCGUCCUCAUCACGGACGUGGAGGAAGGGCAGCCUUGUUUACAAUGCAGGGAAAUGUGUCCCGGAUUUUCGCCGCACGCAUGGAGGAAAAAUUGCACCAGCUGCAAGUGUCCGCGAGAGGCCCACGAUGUCUGCCACGAAGAGUGGGUGUCGGUCAGGUCCCGAUUGGGCCUCAAAGGCGACGAAUCGAGCGGACCCAUCGGCGUGGAUCCUAGAGAAAGAGGCCUCGCUUGGGUGCCACCUGGUCUUCAGUCGCAUAGGGUGGAAGAGUACUUCUCGAUGUUGCCGGAGAUCGCCGUGCCGAGACUCGGCGCGCCCGGCGAACGUCACAGGGAUCGUCAGUUGGCAAUCCAGCUGCCUAAGCAGGACUUGGCGAGAGCCUAUUGUCGCCACUUGGAUCCCAAACAUGCCGGCAGCGCUGAUGACUUCAUGGCCGCCAGGAAUGAGAUCGCCCUAGAUAUCGGGAGUGUACAGGAGGUCGUCGAGAAAAGUGCCGAGUGCGGCGUGUGCCAAAAGUCGCUGAAGUACGGCAGCCUCGCGGUGUCAGCCAGUAAACUAGGCCUAUUCUAUCACCCGGCGUGCUUCAGAUGCGCGGAUUGCAAAGAGCUUCUGGUCGAUCUCGCUUAUUGCGUGCACGACGACACGUUAUUCUGCGAGAGGCAUUACGCGGAACAGCUAAAGCCGAGAUGCGCCGCGUGCGACGAGCGACGGAUUAUGCAUACGCAUGGAAUCUUAUUAUCGUGGGAAGAGUUUCUAAAGAGGAAAAGUGGCGCGUGAAUGGGGCUGAUGGAACCUCCCGAAUUGCCGCUUUGCAAUUCGCCCUGAGUGAUUGAAAGUUCAGGAGAUUAGAUACUUCGAAAAUCGAGGGUUCGUAUGAAAUCGAGAAGAACAAGUCCAAAUACUGUUGAUCUCUUCGGGGAUACGUUUACACGUAGGAGAGAAUUGCCAAAAGUAUUACUUGAGAUAUAUUUUCAAUUUUAUAUCGCAGCACAGAAAACACAUAAUGCAAUUCGUUAAAGUUUUAGUUAUGGUUUUCAUUGUCCAUUUGCGUUAUAUGUUUACCGUUAAAUCGGCCUUUAUUUCAUAAUAUUCUACAAUAAAGAGAAAAAAUGAUGAGAUGUAAUUUAAGUGACAGGCACGCAUUAAGUAACUGUCCUCUGUAAGUGUUGAGAUAUGUUCAAUUUUUCUUUUUCAACUCGAACAGCAUCGGCAAAAUAUAACGAACAUUAUCGUGAAUAAACAUUUAUCCAAAAAUUCCACAGGAGAGAAAUCUUGUCACAUGAUUAACAGAUGUCAUAUAUGUGUCACUUUCAAAUUCAUUUUCUUCUGAUUUUAAUAAAUUCAUCCCUGAAGAAGUUAAAAAAAUGUAAAAUGCAAAUCCAAUCAUUAAGAGUAUUAUAAGAAAUGUUUAAUGCAAAAAAGUAUUGAUACAAAUUUAUGUAAAGAUGAACAGACGAUUUUAAAUUAGCAUUUUGGUACUGGACGAAAAAUCAUCAGUUGAGAUAACUUAAAUCGAAUAAAACGAAUUCAAUUUCAGGUGUUGUGUAUAACGGUUUUGUGUAUAACGAGCAUGCUACCUUAAUUUGUUUAACAGAAUUUGAGUAUUUUUUAAAUUUCUUAUUUAUAUGAAACAAAUUCAAAAUUUAGUUCAAUCAGACGAUCAUAAAACUGACGGAAAUAAAGCUAAUUCAACACUUUUACCGUUGCUUAAAUUUUGUAGUACAAAUUCCUACGUCGAAUUAUUGGUUUGGUUUGAUUUUUAUAUUCAAAUCGACCCGAUUGCAGUUCUUGCAAUAAAAUUUAUGUAUCCAUACAACUCGGAGUUUCUUCACCUCCAUACAACUCGGAGUUUCUUCACCUCAUUAUUUUUCAAGGUAUGAAAAUAUUGUUAAAUUUCAGUACAAC